CACCAGAGAAGAAACAAUCUGAAUCAUCCAGGGGAAGAAAAAGAAAAGCAGAAAACCAGAAUGAAAGUAGUCAGGGAAAAAGUAUUGGGGGACGUGGCCACAAAAUUAGCGACUAUUUUGAGUACCAAGGUGGAAAUGGCUCAAGUCCAGUAAGAGGCAUACCUCCUGCAAUUCGUUCUCCUCAAAACUCACAUUCACAUUCCACUCCUUCCUCAUCUGUUCGACCGAAUAGCCCUUCUCCUACUGCAUUAGCUUUUGGGGACCACCCUGUUGUACAACCAAAGCAGUUAUCCUUUAAAAUUACUCAGGCUAACUGUGAUCUUAGACGGCAAAUAGAUGAUCAACAAAAAUUACUUGAAAAGUACAAAGAACGAUUAAAUAAGUGCAUAUCAAUGAGCAAGAAACUUCUUGUUGAAAAGAGUACGCAAGAAAAACUGUCAAGCAGAGAGAAGAGUAUGCAAGAUAGAUUGCGCCUUGGGCACUUUACAACAGUUAGACAUGGCGCUUCAUUUACUGAACAAUGGACAGAUGGCUUUGCAUUUCAGAAUCUUGUGAAGCAACAAGAAUGGGUGAAUCAGCAAAGGGAAGAUAUUGAAAGACAAAGGAAACUUCUAGCCAAACGCAAACCUCCCACAGCUAAUAACUCUCAGGCACCUUCUACCAAUUCUGAACCAAAACAAAGAAAAAACAAAGCUGUCAAUGGGGCAGAAAAUGAUCCCUUUGUUAGACCAAAUUUACCACAACUGUUGACUUUGGCAGAAUAUCAUGAACAGGAAGAAAUUUUCAAACUUAGAUUAGGACAUCUCAAAAAGGAAGAGGCAGAAAUCCAAGCAGAACUUGAACGUUUGGAAAGAGUCAGAAAUCUUCACAUACGUGAGCUCAAAAGAAUAAAUAAUGAAGAUAAUUCACAGUUCAAAGAUCACCCAACAUUAAAUGAGAGAUAUUUAUUACUUCAUCUUCUUGGAAGAGGUGGCUUUAGUGAAGUGUAUAAGGCUUUUGACCUGUAUGAGCAAAGAUACGCUGCUGUGAAGAUCCAUCAGCUUAAUAAAAGCUGGAGAGAUGAGAAAAAAGAAAACUACCACAAGCAUGCCUGCAGAGAGUAUAGAAUACACAAAGAACUGGAUCACCCCAGAAUAGUUAAACUGUAUGAUUAUUUUUCCUUGGAUACAGAUACGUUUUGUACAGUGUUAGAAUACUGUGAAGGCAAUGACCUGGAUUUCUAUCUGAAGCAACACAAAUUAAUGUCAGAGAAAGAAGCUAGGUCUAUUGUAAUGCAGAUUGUAAAUGCACUAAGAUAUCUCAAUGAGAUCAAACCUCCUAUUAUACAUUAUGAUCUUAAACCAGGAAACAUCCUUCUGGUAGAUGGAACAGCAUGUGGAGAAAUCAAAAUCACGGAUUUUGGUCUGUCCAAGAUUAUGGAUGAUGAUAGUUAUGGUGUAGACGGAAUGGAUCUAACUUCCCAAGGGGCAGGCACUUACUGGUAUUUACCUCCUGAGUGUUUUGUAGUUGGAAAAGAGCCACCAAAAAUUUCCAACAAGGUUGAUGUGUGGUCAGUUGGAGUCAUCUUCUUUCAGUGUCUUUAUGGUAGAAAGCCAUUUGGUCACAAUCAAUCUCAACAAGAUAUUCUUCAAGAAAAUACAAUAUUAAAAGCCACAGAAGUCCAGUUCCCUGUAAAACCAGUUGUAAGCAGUGAAGCCAAGGCCUUUAUAAGACGUUGUUUGGCAUAUCGAAAAGAAGAUCGAUUUGAUGUGCACCAAUUGGCAAAUGACCCAUACCUUCUCCCACACAUGAGAAGAUCAAAUUCUUCAGGAAACUUACACAUGGCUGGGCUGGCAGCAUCCCCCACCCCCCCUUCUUCAAGCAUAGUUACUUACUGACGUUCCUCCAAGAUUGGCAUGAUGUCUUUGAAUUGCUUCCAGAUGCAUACUUGAGUUUGAGAGCGUUUGAGUGUUUUGUUUUCUUUUUUUACGCAGGACAUGGUUGAGAACUGUUUGUGAAUUGAACUUCCACGUUUUUGUAUGAGAGUGGAUCAUGGACAGUGAAUAAGUGCACACUUCUCACGCUAACCUUGAGCAGUGAAGAAUGACUGCCUGUUGCACAAAAACAGGAAUACCAUGUUAAGAUAGAAGAAAAAUGGGGAAGUUUUGUUUAUUUAGGGGAACACUGUAAAUAACGUUUAUAAUACUUAAAUAUAUUGAUUGUUACUAGAGAGUUCUAAUAUGAAGGGUAGUUUUUCAUUAUUUAAAAACACAUGGAAAAAAUAUGAAACAUAUUUCUAACAUAAGAACUACAGUGCCUGGAUACAUCUUCAGCAUUCGGCAGUUAAUCUGCUAAAACCAAAGUAAGAACUGAAUGACAGUGCCCGUUGUGUUUUAUAAUAAUAGAAUGUGAGAGUUAAGAGUUUUUGGACAAAGUUAGGCUUUGUCAUUUGCCUAUUCUGGCUUUUACCAAGUUGUACCUCGAAAUCACUUGUCCGUUUUUUUCACUGGUUCUAUUAAAGGAAGAGCUGUUAUUCUUAGAUACUUUACACCUUUGACAAAAAGAGCUGCUUGUUUUGAAAUCAGUUGAAUUCACUCAGUUGUUAGAUCCAGUGCUUUCAACAUGCUAGAAUUGUUAACAGGUAUUUUUGUUUUGCUACCAGGCCUUGUUCAUUGAAAAAAGAGAGAUAGUAUGUAACCAAAAGCAGACCUAUGCAGGAUAAUGAUAAAUUCCCUUCUAGCUCUACUGUAAAUUGUUGUACAGAUGUUAUAUUUCAAUUACUAAGUUUCAGCAGCUUAUUCUUGUACAAAUGUUUAAAAAUAUGGCUUUUCUAAUUGGAUAUUGUAUUUUUUUUAAGUCUUCUUGAAGGCGCUUUAAUUGCUGCUAAAUGAUGUUGCUUCUUUGCUAAAAAAAAAAAAAAAAUCGAAUGACCUCCGUGAAGGUGCAAGUUAACUGUACAUCAUAGAGAGAUUAAAAGCAGGCAUUCAUUAACAAUCAAGGCAUGUAAAAGUGAUCCAUGUUGGGCAUAUUGAGUUCUUUGAAUCAGUUCCUGGGUUCUAGGGCUGUGGAGUACAUAGAUACUAGAUUUAUAAAUUGUUAAUGGUUAUUCUACAUUUCUAGAAGGUUCUUAUCAUAGUGGGAUGAUGGUCCCAUACAUAAGUUUCUUGUGGUUUGUACAGAUUUGUUAAAAUGUGAACAUUUUCUAACUGCCUUGUAUGGUAGAAACCAAUGUUUUUUCAGGAUGUUGUAUUUCACUCCUGUAAAAAUUUUUUUUCUUUAUUGUCACAUUCAUAAUGCUGAUACUUACAUGUGUAAGUUGUCCAUGUUGCAGAAAACAGAGGCUAUACCUAUCACAGAUUCCCCUUAAUAUUGUACAGUUAAAACUAUGGCUCUUAUUUCCGAUGUUGCAAGCCAUUUUGUUUUUUCAUUGUACAUAGACACAUUGUCUCUUUAAGAUGCUGCUGAAAUUGUAGAGAAUGUAGCCAAAAACCGUAAUAAACAAUGACAGUUAAAAUGUAAAGAGGAGUAUGAAAAUUACAUUCAAAGAGAGUUUGCAAGAUUUAGGAUACUGACAAAUUUAGCUCCUUGUGAAUCAGUUGAAUAAAUUCCUCAAGUAUACUUGAAGACUAGUAUAAUAAAAUAUUUCAGGCUGGUAAAGUUAAACCAAAUAACCAUUAUCAAAGCUAAUUCUGGUAAAGUAAUACUUACCACUAUCAGGAGUGGAUUAAGGGCUAUACCUGUUUCUCUGUAGGUAAGGUAGAAAUCCUGUAAGAACACUGACUUGGCUUCAGAAUACUACUAUCAGUUAAGUGCUUUUAGUUGCUGCCAGCAGUCUUUCUGAAUCUUAAACAUUAUUUAAGUCCUGAGUUAAAAUGUCCAGUUUUGUUUAAAAUUUUGGUUAGGUAUAAGGUGAAUAUGCUGAGCAUGGAGGCUGAGGGCAGGAAGAUCGAGAGUUCAAGGCUAGCCUAGACUACAUAGUGAGUUCAAGGCCAGCCUGAGCUACAUAGUGAGACUCUGUCUCAAAAA